UCAAUAGAUGAGUCAGGAUAGGCAAAGAGUAUAAAACCUCAGGAGUUCCAGUGCUUCUCACAUCGCCAGCAACUCCUCUCCUCACUCACCCUCCCUGGUGCUUUGGGGUGCCCUUCCUCCUCAGACAAGAUGUCUCACCAGAAAAAGCAGCCCACUCCCUACCCUCCAAUUAUUUGCAAGACCUCUGGCGGUGGAGGCGGUGGCGGCGGCGGCGGCGGCGGCGGCUCCAGCUGCGGCGGCGGCGGCAGCUCUAGCUGUGGAGGUGGCUACUCCGGCGGCGGUUCCAGCUGUGGAGGGGGCGGUAGCUCCGGAGGAGGCAUCAAGUACUCGGGCGGCGGAGGCGGCGGCGGCGGCGGUGGCUCCAGCUGCGGCGGCGGCUACUCCGGGGGCGGCGGCGGCUCCAGCUGUGGCGGCGGCUACUCCGGCGGCGGUUCCAGCUGUGGGGGUGGCUCCUCCGGGGGCGGUGGCGGUGGGUCUUCCAGCCAGCAUUAUCAGAGCCAGAGCUACGGCGGCGGUUCUUCCGGGGGCGGUUCCAGUUGCGGCGGCGGUUCUUCCGGGGGCGGUUCCGGUUGCGGCGGCGGCUCUUCCGGGGGCGGGUCUUCCGGCCAGCAUUACCAGUGCCAGAGCUACGGUGGCGGCUCCUCAGGGGGCGGUUCCAGUUGCGGCGGCGGCUCUUCCGGGGGCGGCGGCUCUAGCUGUGGCGGGGGCUCCUCUGGAGGCGGCGGCGGCGGCGGCUCCUCUGGCCAGCAUUACCAGUGCCAGAGCUACGGCGGCUCCUCCGGGGGCGGUUCCGGUUGCGGCGGGGGCUCUGGAGGCGGCGGCGGCUCUGGCUGUGGCGGGGGCUCUGGAGGUGGCGGCGGCUCCUCUGGCCAGCAUUACCAGUGCCAGAGCUACGGCGGCUCCUCCGGGGGCGGUUCCGGUUGCGGCGGCGGCUACUCUGGAGGCGGCGGCGGCUCUAGCUGUGGCGGGGGCUCUGGAGGUGGCGGCGGCUCCUCAAGCCAGCAUUACCAGUGCCAGAGCUACGGCGGCUCCUCUGGGGGCGGUUCCGGUUGCGGCGGCGGCUCUUCCGGGGGCGGCUCCAGCUGCGGUGGGGGUUCCUCUGGGGGCAGCGGCUGCGGAGGGGGUUCCUCUGGGGGCGGGGGCGGCUCCAGCUGCGGAGGUGGCUCCUCUGGCGGCGGCUCGUCUAGCGGUGGCAAGGGCAUCCCAAUCUGUCACCAGACCCAGCAGAAGCAGGCGCCUAGCUGGCCAUGCAAAUAAGGCCCCCUGGAUGCCGCGGAGACAAAGGAGCUGGAGGUGUUCUCCGUGGGCACCGAUGGGCUUAAUGUUCUCUUGAUACUGCUCAAGGUUUCCAAAUUUUUUGGUGUCUCUACCUACCUAGAAGAAGCCAUCGAGUUCUCAAAAUGCAUCUCAUUCUGCAGUUUUUCCUUCUUAGUUUCUGUAUGACUACCUCCAAUUCCAGUGCCUCUUCAAUCAAUAAAUUUUGCAGUUCAUGAGAA